UGUAUCAAUCAUUCUCAAACUCCAAACAGUAACUAGAAAAAUCAGAGAAGAAAUGAGAAUGGAGUCCAAGUUUUCAUUUUUGAUCAAUCUUCUGGUUUUACAGUAUCUGGCAGUUGUUUGUGUUUCCCAGGAUUUUGAUUUUUUCUAUUUUGUUCAACAAUGGCCAGGAUCAUACUGUGAUUCAGCCAAGAGCAGCUGUUGUUACCCUACAACAGGGAAGCCUGCAGCUGAUUUUGGCAUACAUGGACUUUGGCCUAAUUACAACGAUGGUUCCUACCCUCAAAACUGUGAUUCUGGCAACCCUUUUGAUGAACCCAAGAUUUCGGACCUCAUCGGUAACAUGAGAAAGAACUGGCCGACACUGGCCUGUCCGAGCGGCAGCGGCGAAACCUUCUGGUCUCACGAAUGGGAGAAACACGGGACCUGUUCCGAGUCCGUCCUCGAUCAACACGGCUACUUCGAAACAACACUCGGGUUAAAGCAACAAACCAAACUCCUCCAGGCUCUCAAAACCGCAGGGAUCAAUCCGGAUGGAAGCACAUACAGCUUGGAGAACAUCAAGGAUGCGAUCAAAGAAGGGACGGGGUACACGCCAUGGAUCGAGUGCAACCGGGAUUCCUCUGGGAACAGCCAGCUUUACCAGGUGUAUCUGUGCCUCGACAAUUCAGGGUCUGGCCUCAUUGAGUGCCCUGUUUUCCCUAGAGGGGGGAAAUGUGGGCCUGAGAUCGAAUUCCCUUCCUUCUAAUCUCUCUGCUGUAUUACUGAAUUUGUAAUUUGUUUGAUUUGCUCAUGCUGUCUGUCAUAUAAAUUAUCAGCUCCAUCGUCUUGUAUUUUACUGUUGAAAUGCCAGCUCAAGUUAUAUAUUGCCUCCAUGGAUUCAUACAAUGAAGACAGUGCUUUUUCCC